GUAAUCAUGCUAAGAAUGUCAUCAAUGGCUUAGAAAAAUAGAAAAUAAAAAUGAAAAUAAGAAAUAAAAAGUAUUUUUCACAACUGAACCUGUUCUAAAAUGAAAGGAGACUUUCGCCUUUCCAAAUGAAAUAUCAAGAUUCGAUCGUAAAUAGUCAUCACAAUCUCAAAAAAUAAGAAUUAAAUAUUUAAAACAAUAGCAGAGAAAGUGGGAUUCCAAAGACAAGGUGAAGAAAGCAGGCAGCUGACUGGACUUUGUGGACAAAUUUUUGCUCGGCACAGCUAAUACUUGGUUCCAAGAAGCUAUAUAUAUAUAUAUAUAUAUAUAUAUAUAUGGGGUCAUUCAUUCUAAGCUAUAACACAGCAUUAUCGGGCAAAUUAAGGCAAAAGUUACACAGCAAGAUGCCUAAACUUGCAGUUUUCCAGUGUGUGUUGUGCCUUUUGUGCAUUGCCUCUAGUACUGAUGCUAAUAAUCAGGUUGACAACCUUCACAGAUUGAUCAUGUCAAGAAGGUCACAGAACCCGCCUCUUUCCGUUUCUUGGGCAGGACUAGAUGCAGCAGAGGAGCAUUUGCCUGUGUUUGUCGAACCCCAAGAUGGGUUGAUGGAAACCGAUAGGAUCGAUAAGCUGCCGGGGCAACCACAAGGGGUGGAUUUUUAUCAGUUCUCAGGCUAUGUUACAGUGGAUCCUAAGGCUGGAAAAGCGCUCUUCUAUUAUUUUAUCGAGUCCCCAAAGAACUCUUCCACUGAUCCUUUGCUCCUGUGGCUCAACGGAGGGCCAGGUUGCUCCUCUUUUGGUUUUGGAGCCAUGAUGGAACUAGGACCCUUCAGAGUCAACAGUGAUGGCAAAACACUCUUCAGAAACAAAUAUUCAUGGAACAAUGUGGCCAAUGUAAUCUUCUUGGAAUCUCCGGCCGGUGUGGGGUUCUCGUAUUCGAACACAACCUCCGAUUACCAACGAACCGGCGAUGCGAGCACUGCCAGAGAUGCCUACACUUUUCUCGUCAACUGGCUCGAAAGGUUCCCACAAUACAAAACCAGAGACUUCUUCAUAGCGGGGGAGAGCUAUGCUGGCCACUACGUGCCUCAACUCGCAUACACCAUUCUUCUCAACAACAAGAACACGACUAAAACCAUAAUUAACCUCAAAGGCAUAGCUAUAGGGAAUGCGUGGAUUGAUGAUGCUACAAAUACAAUGGGGUUGUUUGAUUAUUUAUGGACACAUGCCAUAAAUUCUGAUGAAACCAACAAGGGCCUCCAUUCUUACUGUGACUUUGGGAAUUUAAGUUCAUCUACCCAAUGUCAGAGCUUUGAAGAGAAGGCUUUUCGCGAAAUGGGUGAUAUUGAUUUCUACAACAUUUAUGCACCAAUCUGCCGCGAUGCUUCACUCAAAAACGAGUCCACAGGUUCUAUUUACAAUUUCGAUCCUUGUUCAGACUACUACAUUGACUCAUAUUUGAAUAUCCCUGAAGUGCAAGCAGCUCUCCAUGCUAAUCGAACAACUUGGAGUGCUUGUAGAUCUUUCAACUGGACUGACAGCCCCAGUACCACCCUACCAAUCAUUAUGGAUCUUAUGGCAAGUGGUAUGAGGGUAUGGAUUUACAGUGGGGAUCUAGAUGCUCGCGUGCCGAUUACUUCAUCCAGAUACUCCAUAAACAGCCUCAAGCUCCCCAUUGUCUCCACUUGGCAUCCAUGGUACACCAACAGUGAGGUGGGCGGAUAUGUGGAGCAAUACAAAGGAUUAACAUUAGCAACAGUCAGAGGAGCUGGACAUAUCGUUCCAACCCACCAACCAGAGAGAGCAUUGAUCAUGAUCUCAUCAUUCCUUCGAGGAAACCUCCCACCUUCCUCGCCAUGACAUGAAACAUUAUACAAUGGACCAAACCCUCUGCAUGGCAGCGCAGUGUCCAGAUCCUUUUCAUGUGACAAUGGGUCCUAUUCUUUUCACUUAAAUGGCUGAGUACCUGGGCACUGGCUAGGUGCCCAACCACGGGGAAGGAUCGGUCUAUUUUAUAAGUUCUCCACGACACCAAUGCAUCCAAUAAAUGCAGAGAGUACGUGUAUUACUCAUAAUCGAACUAAAUAAGAUUUGAAGAACCAAGUCAUUGCAAGAUUGUUAUUCCAUCUAUAAUAUGCAUGUAACAUCCUUUUCUUUUCCUUUUUUUAAAGGUAUAUUGUAAAUGCAAGAUCUUAAGUAUAAAUUAAGUAUGACUUUUAGUUUU